AUGGCCGUAUGCAGUAGAGGUUUCCACAACCUCGGUGCCGUCAACACAAUCCGUCAUCCCGCCAUGAAAGCCACCGAAGAGGCAUUCGACGGGCCCCUCCGCUUCACACCAUCACAAGAGCGACCGGAUCCCAGAGCAUUGGAUCUCGACAUUAGGAUCUCCCCAGACCCGGCCCCGAUAUGA